UUCCUCGACAACCUCAAAUAUGAAGUCAAUGUUUUUUGCUUUAACAUAUAACAUACGCAUCCCAGAUUACAACCAAACCAGCCAAUUGUUGCGGCCCAAAUCCGACCCACACUUUAAAUCUGGCAAACAGGAGCGGACCGCAGAAGUGCCAUCAUUCCACACGGUGUGUGGGCCAGAUGAGCUGGUAUGGGGGAGUAAGGUUUGGGCCGGAUUUUGGCCGGAAAAAAUUGCUAUUUGGGAUUUAAUUUAAUUUUAACUUUAUUUUCCGAAGAUCAAGUCCUUCAUGUAAAGAAAUGUUUGCAAUAUGCAACAAAAAAGAUAGAUGCUGUUCAGUGAUAUCAAAAGCCUGUUAACUGUAAGGAAUCAUAGGCAAAGAUUUGUUUUACAUUUAAUCUGCUUUAUUACAGAUGUUGAUGAAUCACCUGCUUUACAGAACUUGAGGAUCGUGUUACUGGGAGUGUCUGGUGUUGGAAAGAGUACAACUGCGAAUGCAAUACUGGGCAGAGAAGCCUUUCAAGAGACAACAACCAGAGAGAGUGAAGUACAGAGAGGAAGAGUAGAAGAUAGAAACAUCUCAGUUAUUGACACUCCAGGAUUCUUCAACACUGAACUGACUGAUGAAGAUCUACAGAAUGAAAUGAUGAAGAGUCUUUCUCUCUCUCAUCCUGGUCCUCAUGUCCUCCUGCUGAUCAUCAACCUGAAGACAUUCAAAGAGGAUGACAGAAACCUUGUAAAACUCACUGAAGAGACUUUUGGAGAAGAAUCUUUGUCUUUUAUCAUGAUUCUGUUCAUCGGACGGGAAAACAUGUCCAGAAGAGAAUUCACUCAAUUUAUAGAAAGUGAAAGAAUUGAACAAAUGCUAAAUAGAUUUAACAGACGCUAUCAUGUGAUGAACAGUAAACAAGAAUGUAAUACCACUCAGAUUAAAAAGCUCUUGAAGAACAUUGAUGUUAUGGUGAAGAACAAUGGAGGAGAGCCCUACAUCACUGAGAUCUACUUAAAUAGACUUAGAGAAGAGAGGGAGAGAAAAAAACAAGAACAUUUAGAAGAAGAGCUGAAGAAGAUAAAAGAGGAAGUGAAAGAAAAAUAUGCAAUGGUCGAGAAAAAGAAGGAGGUGCUGACAAUAAGAGAAGAGGAGGUGCUAGGACGGCAGGAUAAGUUAAAGAAAACACACGAGGUGUUAAGGAGGCUGGAGGAGGUGCGGGAAAGACUUCUGGAGUUAAAAAACAGAAAAGAAGAGAUGAAGGAAAGACAUAACAAUAUGAAGAUAAAACAAGAAGAGCUGACCAGAAGACAAGAGGAGGUGAAGAAAAGAAAUGAGGAGGUGAAGAAAAGACACAAGGAGCUGAGACAAACAUAUGUAGAUAGUAGGACACUGCUGCAAAAAAGUGUGAGAUGGGAACAAAGACGCAUUUUGAGACCAAAUCUGAGGAUUGUGCUGUUGGGUACGGUUGGAUCAGGAAAAAGUUCAACAGGAAACACUAUACUGGGAAGAGAUGUGUUUAAAGCAUACCUUUCUCUAGAAAGUGUCACAAAUGCAUGUGAAAAACAAGAAGCAGUAUUGGGUGGACGGAUCAUCUCAGUCAUUGACACUCCAGGAAUAUGGGACACAACGUUUCCCCAACAAGUAUAUUCUGAAAUAACAAAGGGCAUGGAGAUGUCUGCUCCUGGUCCUCAUGUGUUUCUGCUGGUCAUCAGACUGGAUGUGAGAUUCACAGAGGAGGGCAGGCACACACUAAAAUGGAUUCAGGAGAACUUUGGAGAAGACCUUGCACAUUACACCAUUCUUCUGUUCACUCACGCCGAUAGAUUGAUGUGUAAACCAGAUAAACUUAUCCUGGAGUAUUCAGAGCUACAGAAACUCAUCAAGAGCUAUAGUUGCAUAUAUCACACAUUCAAUAAUGUUGACAGGGCCAACCGCUCUCAGGUCACAGAACUGCUGGAGAAGAUUGAUGAAAUGGUGGAGAGUAACAGAGAAGAGUAUAUUAAAGCCAAGAGACGAGUAACAGACAUGUGUGAAUUACAAUAAUUUUAAAGAAUAAAAUAGUUAAUUAUAAUCUCAUGAAACAUUUCUUUCUAAAAGAAGCAUUUUUUUCAUAUAAAAUCUUUUAUUAAUAUUAGUAGUAUGUUUUCCAUUGAUAAAGAUCAGGAUCAACGGCAUGAAGACAAAGUGAUGAUUUAUAAUGUGAUAAGCCUUUCCAUGUCUUUAUUGCUGUUGUGUGUAAGUUGAUUUUCAUUCAGCAUUUAAAUAUAGUUAAAGUAAA